AUGUCUCAAGUAGAUAAAAGAACAGACAUAGCAUUAGAAAGCAAAGAAAGUAUUAAUAGGGAAACAGUUGGUGAGAAACCAUUCGAUCUUGAUGAUGUGCUUGUCAACGAGUUGGGGCAGUUCGGCCGGUUUCAGCUAAGAAAUAUACUUCUGGUGACCAUACCUAUAAUGAUGUCUGCGUUUAUGAGUGAAUACAUCUUCUCUGCCGCUGCCAUACCACACAGAUGUCGCAUCACAGAAUGCAAUGAACAUGAAAAAAUUCAAAAAUAUGACCCUGAAUGGAUACUAAAUGUGAUUCCAAAAACUGACUCUGGAUUCGCAAGCUGUGAAAGAUACGUUGUGCUGAAACUUAAAACCAAUGGCUCCUUAGAUUCUUGUCCAGCUACUUUGUUCAAUCAUUCUGGAACUACCAGUUGCGAUGGCUAUGUGUAUAUGAAGGACAAUUCAGUAGUAUAUGAUUUUGACCUCGGUUGUCAGGAAUGGUUACGGGCAUUUGCAGGCACUUUAAAUAGCAUUGGAAUAUUAUUAGCAAUGCCCAUAACUGGAUAUAUUUCUGAUCGCUACGGACGGAGGUUCGCGCUGGUUGUAAAUGUUUUCAACUUAAGUCUAAUCGGUCUUAUUAGAGCUUUCUCAGUGAACUACACCAUGUACAUGGCACUUCAAAUUGUACAGACUACACUUGGUGCUGGCACAUUCAGUUCUGCUUACAUUUUUGCUGCUGAACUCGUAGGCCCAAAAUACCGGGUCCUGACAAGUGCUACACUAUCUUCAAUAUUCGCCGUAGGGCAAGUAGUACUUGGCACUGUAGCCUGGCUAAUCCCACCUUGGCGCUACAUGAGCAUGGCUCUUCAUAUUCCUGGUUUCCUUAUAAUCAUGUACUAUGGGCUUUUAUAUGAAAGUGUACGAUGGUUAUUAAGUAAAAAGAAGUAUUCAGAAGCUCAGAGAGUAUUACAAGCUGUUGCGAGAGUCAACAAAACUCAUAUAAGCUCUACAUCCCUCGAUGCGCUCGUGAACUCCUCCAAGAUUUCAUCAUAUCUGCCAAAAGACGAAAAGAAUGAUUUAGUGGGCACAAUAUUACGUUCACCCAUUUUGCUAAGAAGAGUCUGCACGACACCGAUCUGGUGGAUCACCACAAUUUUCGUUUACUACGGACUGUCCAUUGACUCCACCAGUCUGUCUGAAACAAUAUAUUUGAACUAUAUCUUGACAUGUGCUAUAGAAAUUCCUGGGUUCUUUACUGCAGUUUUAGUUUUGGAUAGAAUAGGGAGAAGAGCUACCUUGUCGUCUGGAUUUUUCUUUAGCGCUGCAUGUAACAUCGCGUUCGUUUUUAUACCAGAUGAUUUAACAGCACUGAGGCUCGUUAUAUUCUUGUUGGGGAAAUUUGGCAUUUCAAUGGUAAUGACAUCACUAUACUUGUUCACAUCAGAGUUAUAUCCGACGGAAUUCAGACACAGUCUUCUUGCCUUUUCCUCUAUGAUUGGUCGUAUUGGGGCUAUUACUGCACCUCUCACACCUGUUCUUAUGGAAUAUUGGCAUGGCAUCCCGUCAGUAAUGUUUGGAUGUAUGGGAGUACUCUCUGGUCUCCUAGUGCUCACUCAGCCUGAAACAUUAGGCACCAAGAUGCCUGAUACUCUCGCAGAAGCAGAAAAUCUCGGAAGAAUUAAAAAAUCACAGCGUGUUUGC